AUGGCUAAUUACAACGAAGUUCAACCCAAUACGUUCAAAUCUAAAAGUAAACGCAAGAAACAUGGUGGUGGUAAACGAGGAGGAGAAAACCGAAGAGGAGGAAACCGCAGUGGACAUGGCGGAUCUUUCAAUCAGGAAGGAUCUAACCGUGGGAAUAAGUAUAGUGCGGCAUACGAGAGGGAAUGGAACAAUGAGGAUUAUCAAAAUCAGAAUCAUACCAUCAAUAGCAAUUCCUUCACGGAUGUAAACAACUCAUCCACCGAGAAUACCUUUGCAGAAGAUGACUACAACCCAAAUAAUGUUAGUGCACAGAAAGAAUUGACUCAAACACAACCUACGAACUAUAGCCUGAUAUCGAGGCGUGACAGGAGAGACGAUGCAACAUCUGUACAUUCUAGUCAUGACUCACAGGGUCGUAGUAGUAAUUCUACACAACGUUAUACAAAUGCAUCUCCACGACGUAGGAGUACCAGUGGUGGGGAGACCAAUGCAAAACAAGCACAACCUGCAUCAACAAAAGCACUGAAUGAUCAGAAAUCUCCAGAUACUCCUUACCUACGGUUUAUAGCAAGGAAGCUAGAAGCCAGUAAACACCUCCCCCUGUAUCUACAAGAAGCAGCAAAAGCUCAAUUGGCUUUCAUUCUCACAGAAGCUGCUAGAAAACAACUUACGGACCGUAAUGACUGGUCCAAGCAGAAGAUUCCGUUGUUGGAUGGAGGAGGGGAAUUGUUGUUGCAAUGGGAGAAGGAGAAUGGUGUCAUUGGGGGUCCGAAUACAUUGAAUGAAACAAGCUCGUCUCUAUCUCACCAGGUUACUGAAAAUCAUAAUGACUCUCAGACUGCAAACUUUCCCACAAACAAUGCGCUUUCGCGACAAGAGUCUGCUAAACAUGAGAGAUUCGGAAACAGAAGACGUGAAAGUGAUGAGGAGAUAAUGGUCUUAGAUGCGGCAUUUCCGACCCCAGUCGGGGAGGAUUCAAGAAGGUAUUUGAACUCAACACAAGGGGAUAUUACAGCACCACGAGGGGGUAUUACAACACCACAAACGAUUUCACAUCCAGCCAUUAAUAGUAAACGAGUGGCCAAUGAGGACUAUGCGUCCAAUGAAAGAAAACGACAAAGAGCAGAAAGAUUCGAGGUUACAAACUUUUCUAGCACACCGCGACCAAUACCCAAGAAUGAACAAAAUGGGGGGCCCGUUGUGGGCCUUAAUACUAAUUUGGAAAAAUCUUACUUGAGGUUGACUUCAGAACCAGACCCGUAUAAAGUGAGGCCCCAAUACAUUUUGGAGAAAAGCGUAGAAUAUGUCCUUAGAAAGUACAAUUCAAUGCGUGGAAAGGAGGCACUCAAUUAUCUUAAUGAUCAGUUUAAGUCCAUACGACAAGAUCUAACUGUUCAACACAUUAAAAACGAUUUCGCAAUUGCAGUUUAUGAGCAGAAUGCUCGACUAUCUUUGAAGCACGAUGAUUUAGGCGAGUUCAAUCAAUGUCUAGGACAAUUGAAGUUUCUUUAUAAUUACAAAAGACAAUCAUCCCCAGAAUGGCUGAAGCGCUUCAUUUCGCUGGAGGUUGAGAUGAUUUGCUACAAGAUAGUAUACAUGAUGAUCACAAACAACAAUAGCGAAAUCUGCAAGAUAAAGCUCAGCUUGCUCGAGGAUUAUGGGGGAUUCCAAAGGAAUGAUGCAAAUGUUGUGUAUUUCAGGUUCAUCAGCUCUUUGUUCAAGCUUAACACCUACAAAAUGUUCAACAACUGUUUCAAAUUUUAUGAAGAGAUAAGUAAAUACGAAGGAUUGGAGGAUGUGCGAUUGGCGUUGAAAGUUAUUUCAAGUUUCUUGGACUACAAGGUGAGGUUGUCGGGACUUUAUAUUAUCUGUGGGGCAAAUAGAACCGGAAUGAAGAUGGAAUCUUUGCAAAGCAUGUUGAGAUUUCAAGAUAGAAAAGAAUGCGAGGUUUUUUUGCAGCAGCUACACUUGGACACGUUUGUUGCUAAAGGCGACUUUCAAGCUUUCAAGGCUAAAGGUGCAGUAAAAACAUUAUACAAAAAAUCAGCAAAAAUAGAUAUCAAGGGCCAAAUUUAG